AGUCUUUUUUUUCAUGUUGAGCUCUCUUUAGCCAUUAUUUGGUAGCUAACUUGCGGCUACAUUAAGAAACCGGAGCCGUUACAUUAAAAGUGCGUUGAAAAUUAAGUAAGGACAUACCAUAAAUGAAGGAAGGUUGAAAUUUACGGUGAAAGGGUGCUUAGUUCUUGUAAAUUCUUUAACGUAAUUUCUUAUUUUUCGCCGGUUCAUCUUUUAAACAAAAACAUAAACUUUACACAGUGCAUACGCUUGUUCGGGGCGGAUGAAGCAUAUUUCGUCUACUCACACUACAAUUAAAUUAUUUUAAUAAAAAAAAGGUGAAAAUAAAACACUGCUAAGUUUGCGGACACGCUAAUACGACAGAAAUAGACUAUACAUCCAUUCAACUGCUCGAAGGCAGGAAACUUCAUUAACGGAUACACGCAGUGCAGAUAAACAGCCUCAAGACGCUGGCGGAUUUGCUUAAAAAUUUUCAAUCCUUUUGGAUAACGAGCUGGUGUAGCUCACAUUUCAGGCGAACAGCACAGCUGAAGCAACAGGUUGAACACGACGAAAGUUCACAAAAACAACGUCAGAAGGAUAUAUUCGCCCUACAACAAAAUCUCAGUGUCAAUUGCAAUUUUCAGUUUAGUCUACAACAACAACAAAAGCAAAAGGAAGAACAGGACUUAAGAGUAACGAAUCGCUUGAACGGCAAUAAUAAAUCUAAAGGAGCACCAGCUGGGCGUGAUUUCAGUUUCGAAAUACGAGAGACAAAAUUUAUUGAAAAUUCCAUGGAUAAGACAAUGGAUAAUGUAAUCUGCCAAUAUAAUAAUCAAAACUCUAUUUAUGUACUUAAUUCCAGUUCCUAUGAGGAAUUUUCACAUUUAAAUUUAAUUGAUGACUCGUUUGGCUCACAACUCGGUUUAUUAACCGCUGACACUAGAAAUUCGAAUUUCACAAACAACAAUUUCACAAAAAUUGAAAAUGGAGGUUAUGCAUCUGUUCCGCGCAACUUUCAAAAUAAAUUAAAAACUUUAGGAAAUUUCAAUGGAGUUGCAACGGAAGCAAUCGGAAAUUCUGUCGCUUCAUCAACGUCAUCCACAACGUGUUCUCCGGCAGCAGCUGCAAUACAAAAACUGUUCAAUUGCAGCAGUGCUGCCAACGUUAUUAAUAUUUCUACGAAUACCAAUAGCAGUGUGAAUAAUUGCAACAACGCCAAUAACACCAACAACAAAUGCACAUUUUCGGGCAGCAUAGAUUGUAAGACGAUAGACGCAGACACCCGCACUGUAUUGGGGAACUGUAGCAACGGUUAUAACCACAAAUAUAAUAACAGCCAUAAUAGCAAUCAAACAGUUUCCGUUGGUGGUUCUGUUGUGGGUAUUGGUAUUGCAAAUGGAAAUAGCGGUGGCGGUGGCGGUGGGGGUGGUUGCGGAAUAGGUGUCAGUACCAAGAAAAAAUGCACAAACGUUAAAUCGACUUUAAUUGCUAAGAAGACAAAGUUCUGGAAACUUCUUGAGGAAGAAAAAUGGCGUUUAAACGAUGAUGGCAUCGAAAAUUUAACAACAAGCAACUGCGAACGACAAACCAGUGAUAGCAUCAGUUUAUGUGCUCCAUCUACUUCCACUUCCUACACUUCAAAUGGUUUUGCUGUCGACAGCAACUCGUGCAGGGAAAAAUUAACCUCCGACCUAGAAUCACCAGCAUUAGAGCAAUCAAUGGCAACUGAUGUAACAUUUAAUGCAAAAAAGUUCUAUACAAGCAAUAAAGCACCAACGACAAGUCAACUGCCAUCAAGCAACUGGAGCGGAAGCCAUGAUAGUAGCAGCAGUAAACAACAGGAAUACCAAAUACAACAAUCACAGCAAAAGUCCAGCCAUGAGUUGUACAAGGAAGCCGCUCAACUGUUGGGACUGUCUUGUACCCUUUGUGAUAAUUGCCGUUGCCUUGACUGCCAGAGUGGCUACUUUGAUUGCGAUGAUUCUGAUAGUUACUCUGAGCUGUCAUUUAUGGACGAAUAUGACGAUGAUGUAGUAACAAGCAACCUAACGGAACUGAUGAUGCACACGCAUAAUUAUGCUGAUAUAACGACAACAUAUUGCAACAGACAAAAGGAACAAAGUCAUGAAUGCACAGAUGCAAAUUGUAAUAUGAACGUUAACGACACAAACAAUGGAUGCGUUGAUGAUGUGCUAGCAAAUAAUUGCCACGUUAUACAACACGAGCUCGAGUUACAAGCCCAUCAGCAGGAUAAAAUGCAUAUUUGUCCAGAAAGUGAUGUAUCGCCCGCACAUUGCCAUUUGGAAAAAAAUAAGGCCAACUGUACAAAUAGGCCGGAACGUAAAUGUGACUUAAUCUCUACUACAUCGACUACAAGUGCAAAAGCAGCGAUUGAUGAACUCAUACGUGAAGAGAAACAAAUUGAACAGCAUCAGCACCUUCAUCAGCAAAGCAAUGAACUGGAAAAUUGUGCAAGUUUCAAUGAGUUGAGUUUAUUGGAUGUAAAGGUUAAGCAACAUGAAACUAUAACAGUAAUAAGUAAUGCAAGCGAUGAUAGGAAUUUGCAGUAGGUCAUUGGAUGAGACAUAGGAUGAGAAUAAAAUCCAAAAUGAAGCUGCGAAAAAUUCAACAAAAACUGCAACACUAUCAACAGUUUAAAAUUGAACGAUAAAUAUAAAUCAAGAAAAGAUCCAGCAAAGAAGAAAAAUAAUUAAAAUUCAAUUUCAAUUACGCAUGAAAAGGAAAAUCAAUUAAAAAUACCAGGAAAAGGUUCAUUUCCAGUAUUUGAGCAAACUAUGAAGGAAGUCUCAUGACGUUUUUCAACACUGGCAACUGAUUGAAAUAUGCAAAAACCUAUACGCUGCUUAUGAAAUAUUUAAGUACAUAAAAAAAUAUAUCC